AGCUGUAUGGUUUUGAUGUGCUUAUUGAUGACACUCUCAAGCCCUGGCUGUUGGAAGUAAACCUAUCCCCAUCAUUGGCCUGUGAUGCUCCUUUGGACCUGAAGAUCAAAGCUAGCAUGCUCUCAGAUAUGUUUACCCUUGUAGGCUUAGUCUGCCAGGAUCCAGGCCAACGCUCAAGCCGGGACAAUUGUUCAUCUGACUCUGUCAGGAGAAAUCCGUAUCAGAAGCUGCAGCGUCCUGUGUCUAUGCAGUCGCAAACAGCAAAUACUAAGUUGCGUACCCGUCCUUUGUCUGCCAGUGAUGCUGAAGUGAAAACCCCAAUGCCUUCAGGCAGGGAAAAAGUAACAGGAAGGCAAGGCACCUCUGUGCUAGGUCUCUCCAUGGAAGAGAUAAAAGUUCUUUGUCGAGUGAGAGAGGAGAAUGAACGGAGAGGAGGCUUCAUCCGGAUAUUCCCUACCCCAUUAACAUGGGAACUUUAUGGAUCUUUUUUAGAACACAAGACAUCAAUGAACUACAUGCUGGCUACACAUCUGUUUAAGGACAGGGGCAAGAUGAAAAGAGACUUCCCCACUGGGAGAUCCCGAGCAGGUCUUAAUGGAAAGCUGGGUGUGAGGCUGGAAGCUGUAGACUCUCAUGCUCUCUUUUAUGAGAGAAAGCUUGUUUCGCUGGAGUUACGGAAUCGCCAGAGAUGCAAUGGCAAGUCUAAAGCAGCACAGACAGGAUCACCAGAGACAUCAGAACCAAUGAAGUUGUCCCUCAAGUCAGGCACAGAAUGUGAGGAAGAAGAGGAAGUAGGUACAGAUGAAGAUGAGCUAGAUAGAACUGCUGGCUCUGUUUUGGACACUGAUGUGAAAAGUAAGCCAAAGCUCUCUGACUUGGUGAAAACUACUAGUAAGGAGAGGUUGCCAAAAAAGCUUGACAAGAAACCUGGAGAUGGAGGAGAGCUGUUUACUCAAAAAACAAACAUUCAGAUCAACUUGCUGCAGAUUCUUCAAAAGCAUGGAAAUCUGAGCAAAGUCCAAGCUCGCAGGGCUUUCUCUGCCUAUCUACAGCAUGUUCAGUUGCGACUGAUGAAGGAGGCUGGUGACCAGAUCCAGAAUUCUGCCUGGACUGCCAAAGAAGAUGAGCAAAUGGAGCUUGUGGUACACUUCCUGAGGCGAGCUGCCAGCAAUCUUCAACAGUCCUUGAAGAUGUUGCUCCCCAGCCGUCAUUUAGGACUAAAUGAUCGUCGUCGUAUCCUGGCUUACCAGCUGGGCAAGUUCAUAGUCUGUUAUAACAAGGAAACAGAACAGAUGGUUCAGAAGCGAUCCAAAAAGAAACAGGAAGAGGAGCAGGGAGUGAAUCCUGAACUUUUUCAGAACUUCAUUAGCAAAGCAAGUGAAAGUGACCUGGCGGAAGUGCUGACAUUUUACACACAGAAAAACAGGUCAGCAAAUGUCUUCCUAGGAAAAAACUCCACAAGCACAAAAUGCGGCAACAGCAAUAAUGAGUCAGAGAAACAGCCUCAAGAGGAGCAUCCUGAGGUGGUGAAAAAAAUAAAAGGUCAUCAGUCCAAAACUUCAGUUGCAGUUUCAGAAGGACCCAUCUUCUCCUUAAACCCUGAAGUGAAAUUACCUCGGUGUGGCCCUUCUAGUGCUUCUUCCUCUAGUUAUGGUGCCACAUUCCAGAGAAGUACCAGUUCCUGGACACCUUCUCAGCCUUCAGCCUCUGAAAAAUCACAGGUACCUGGUCCAUUGCCAGCUCCUCCAGCUGGUCCCAGGCCCCCCCCACUACCAUCCUUGCAGUUCACUGCUCCUGACAGCUCUUCUGUCUUCAUAAACCCAGUGUCUAGUGAGGCUUCUAGCCUUGCAGGGUUACAUUGUUGUCAUUCUAGUAGAUACACUGUUGGCCCUUUCUCAUCUUUUCAGGCUGCUGCUCAGAUCUACAGCCAAAGAUUGUCCCGACCAUACUCUGCAAAAGCAGGUCUGUGCCAUCGCAGUUCAAGUGGGCAGCAUGUGGUCUCAGCGAGGAUGCACAAAGAUGCAGAAGAUACUUCUUCCCAGGACAAAAGUAAUAACCCUUAUAUGGUAGCAGCAGAACUGCAGCAGGUGGCAGAAAAGCAGGUAGGCUGUCAACAUUCCCCACCAUACCACAUCAGUCUCCUUAUACAGCAGUUAACAAACCUGAACUUGGCAAGUGGAACUGUAAGCAAGGGGAAUGCAGCCACCCCACAGAGCUACCAGUCAUCACUCAACAAAACAGGGUCAUUGUUGCCGGUGCAGUCAGACACCCAUAUAGCUGACAUCAGACCUGUCUCUUCAGCUGUCAGGGCUCCAGAGAAUCAUCGUUUUGUCUGGGAAGGAGAGAUGGAGAACAGUGUCUACAACAAGGUGACACGGAAUCCGCUGGCACAUCCAACCUAUCAGCUCAGUUUUGCUCUGCAACAACUUCAGGAACUUAAACUUCAGUCACGACAGCUGUUGGAGCAAAGUCAGGCCCGGCACCAGACUCUCUUUGCCAACUACUCACAAUUCAGCACCAGCCAUAUACCUAUGCCAGCUGGCUCUGAUGCCCACAAGACAUCAAGUGCCACUUCUAGUAUCCAGAAAACACCCAGUUUGCACAAAGUGAUGCCAUCCCAGAAUACGCCUUCUCAGCUGGUUCCAAAGCCUCCAGCAAACCACAGGCAGGCAGUGGUCAGAAAGGCUGCAGCCCAGAGGAUUUCCAAGGUGUCUUCCAUUGAAAGGCAGCUGAACCGAUUCCAGAACAGUGAUGCAUCCUGUGAGCCAGGGACAAAUUCCACAGAAAAGCCCCUCAAUUCAGAAAGACAUAGUUGCCACUUGUGA